UGAAUUUAUGUACUGUUCUGAACGCGCUCUCUUUAAAGUAUGACCGUACUAAAAAUUUUAUACGUAACAUGUAUUUUAUGUUACGUUAAAAUUCCAAGAGUUGCCAGGAGUGUACUGUUUGCCAUUAGCCUCUGAUCCUUACAGUCUGUUAUCAGCAUGUUUUGGUUCAUUCUUUAUUUAUCUAAUCGUUGCAGAAUGGGCUGGCGUCAUGUUCAUACGGAACGGCUCCUACCGUGGUGCCAUCUUUCGCUUUGAAGUUGAUAUUCCGAAAAAGUUUCCUCUUUGCGACCGACCGCCAAAAUUUUAUUUCAAGACUGCGGUGUUUCAUUCUGCUGUUGAUCCUCAGACUUAUAACAACUAUCAUUUACUAGCGAUAAGAAAUUUGACUUACCUUUUGAGCCUAUGCACACCCUUGGAUUUCUCAUUGCAUCCGUUACUUGUAAAUAACAAUUCAGUCAUUUAA